AUGUACGCCCAUGCAGCGAAUACUUACAGUCCUAUCCCCCAACCUCCUCACAGCGCCGGUCAGGCUUUCAAGGGUCUCAGAACACACAUUGACCCUAGCCAAAUUCCAUCGCCAAUCGAGAAUCAGGAGAUCGACAGGCAAGAAUGGGAGAAUAAGACCUACUUGACGCUGCCGGGAAAGCAUGUCCCACUAGCGACGACGGAUUAUGUUGCCAUUGAUCAAGGCAAUUCCACGCCCAAAUUCAUUCGCGUAACCACAUGGAACGUUCCAAGCACUUCCAAGCUCGCGUCGGAAUGCCAGAUCCCCCUCGCGGCUGUAUUUCAGCCAUUUGCUCAACAGGAUCCGAGGGAAGAACCAGUUCCGUUAAUUGAUGCAGGCCCAAAUGGUCCGGAACGGUGUAGCAAGUGUAGAGGUUACAUCAACCCGUGGUGUACAUGGGUUGGUGGCGGUAGCAAGUGGAAGUGCAAUCUAUGCCAAAAUGAGACGGCAGUCUCCCCAGAAUACUUCUGUAACUUAGGCGCGAACCUAAUGAGGUUGGAUCACGAACAGCGCCCAGAACUCAACAAGGGGACAGUGGAUUUCGCCGUGAACGAGGAGUACUGGGCAUCGCAACCGUUGGAGACCCUCAGUAAACCAUACGUCGCUGUUGAACCUGCACCGACGGGACCACGCCAGCCCGCUCCAAUGGAUUACAUCUUCGCCCUAGACAUCUCGUUCGAAUCUAUACAGUCAGGAUUUGCCCAUUCCGCAUGCUCUUCCAUACGAAAGAUCCUCUAUGGUGGAUUGGACGAUGAUGGUCGUCCAAUUGAUGCCGUCUUUCCCCUUAACAGUAAGGUGGCGUUCAUAACAUAUGAUCGUGCACUACACUUUUACGACCUAUCAGCUGUCGAUGGCCAAGCUCCCAUGUUGGUCGUUUCAGAUAUUGACGAAGUCUUUAUUCCUUUAAGAGCUGGUGUUUUUGUACCCCCACAAGAAAAUAGGUUGAUAGAGCAGCUUCUUGAGGCACUGCCUACUCGACAUCAAGAGACAGCUAUCCGCGAAGCGGUCAUGGGAUCUGCUGUCUUAGCUUCUUUGGCAGCGCUGGCAGGCAGAGGUGGUCAAGUCAUCAUGUUUCAGAGCUGUAUGCCCACAGUCGGCCCGGGCGCUUUGAAAGGCACGCCAGACGAACAGAAGCUCUACGACUCAGAUAAGGAGAAGACUUUGUUUACACCGCGUGACAAGUGGUGGCUGGAUUUGGGGGAGAGUUGUGUGGAUGAAGGCGUUGCGAUCAGCAUGUUUCUCGGCAUGAGCAGGUACAUCGACGUCGGUUCCAUAGGCGCGGUCGCGUCGCUGUCGGGCGGGGAAAUAUAUUAUCAUCCGAGAUUUGAGCCUCUUCGUGCGGGCCCACUAUUGGAUGCUCAACUGCAACGCCUGUUCCGGAGAAUGGUUGGCUACAAUUGCGCCGUGAAAAUUCGCUGUUCUAAUGGUCUCCGAAUCACCCAAUAUCGGGGUAACAUGUUCCAACGUUCCCCAAUUGAGGUCGAAUGUAGCGUCCUGGAUGCAGACAAAAGUAUCACUGUCACCCUUGAACACACGCACUCUCUCAAUGCGAGAGAAUACGUCUACUUGCAAUCUGCUGUACUGUACACGACAGUUGAUGGGCAACGGCGCGUUCGGACAUGUAACUUGGCGUUAGAAGUUGUUGAGCUCGCCGGCAAUGUCUUCCAGUUUGCCGACAUGGAGACUGUUAUAGCGCACUUAGCAAAAGAUGCUAUAUCAUACGUGACCUCUUCAAAAUUGUCAACUAUCAGGGAAGAUUUGACAGAGCAGUGCUCAGCCGUGCUCCUGGGCUACCGAGUAAACUGCGCAUCUGCCACCAGAUCGACUCAGUUGGUCAUCCCAGAGGUUUUCAAAGGUUUCCCAGCACUCACGCUUGCAAUCCUCAAAUGCAAACCACUAAAAGGAAUUGCUAGCGUCUCCUCCGACGUGAGGAAUUAUUACGCUCAUCGCAUGCGUAGCAUGGGCGUACGCGAGCUGGUGCAAUAUUUGUACCCUCGCAUGAUGGCUCUCCAUGACUUGGAUGAUACCAUCGCACUUCCGAACCCCAACACCGGCGAAAUUUGCUGGCCAUCUAUGAUGCGAAAUAGUCAUCUAUUUAUGCAAGCUAACGGAAUAUAUCUAAUCGAUAAUGAGGAAGCUAUGAUACUAUGGAUCGGUGCCAGCGUCUCUCCGCAGUUACUCCUUGACCUAUUCGGUGUGGACGAUAUCUACAAAGUGGAUCCUCAGACAACUAAGCUGCCAGUUCGAGAUUCACUUCUCUCAACGCAGGCCAGAAACAUUCUCGCAAAUCGACGCCUACACAGAGGACGGGAUAUUAAUUUCUACAUUGCCCGCCAAAACAUGGAUGGAACGGAAAUAGAGUUCAGUGAUAUGUUGGUGGAAGAUCAAAAUAACGGCACUUCAUCCUACGCUGACUUCUUAACUGUUGUCCACAAACAAAUAGGCCAAGUUCUCUUAGAUGGAGGUUCUCUGGGAGGUGGAGCAACACUGCGAGGUUCACCAUGGUAA